AUGUUUUUCCUACGGAGGCGGACUUUGAUCUUAAAAGCCAUUCUGGUACUCACUGCGAUUUGGUUUAUGGUCGCACUGCUGACUACUAAUGGCGGUUCGAGAAACGCCAUUGGUGCCCCACCGAUAGAAUAUGAAGAUGCUGAGGCGAAACCGCUGAAAAUGGCAAAGCCAACUGCAACGAAGAGGAAGAGCGAAUCAUACGGCAAUAACCUAUCCGAUGCACGAACGCGGGUCGAUUGGAUCGGUCGCAUAAUGGGACAAGAAGGCCUUGGCGUUUUAGCUGCUCCUGGAUCGGACAAUGCACCCGGUGAACUGGGAAAACCGGUUGUUCUACCGAAGAACAUUAGUGAAGAAACGAAGCUAGCAGUUCAAGAGGGGUGGAAAAAGAACGCUUUUAACCAAUACGUCAGUGACCUGAUAUCUGUUAAAAGAAAGCUACCUGACCCCAGGGACGAAUGGUGUAAACAACCCGGUCUGUAUUUGGAAAACCUGCCGCAGACGUCAGUAGUUAUUUGUUUCCACAAUGAAGCGUGGUCCGUAUUGCUUAGGACCGUACAUUCAGUGCUUGAUAAGUCGCCCCCGCAUUUGAUUAAGGAAAUUAUCCUUGUCGAUGACUUUUCUGAUAUGCCACACCUAAUGCAGCAGUUGGACGAUUACAUGUCAUCACUACCUAAAGUACGAAUAGUCAGAGCUACUCGUCGUGAAGGCCUGAUCAGAGCACGACUUCUUGGUGCUAGAUUUGUUACGGCGCCUGUUUUAACCUAUCUUGAUAGCCACUGCGAGUGCACAGAAGGAUGGCUCGAACCAUUAUUAGAUAGAAUCGCCCGCAAUAAAACUACAGUCGUCUGCCCUGUAAUUGAUGUCAUUGAUGACAAUACAUUAGAGUACCAUUAUAGGGAUUCAUCUUCAGUCAAUGUUGGUGGUUUUGACUGGAAUCUCCAGUUCAAUUGGCAUCCAGUACCGGCAAAAGAAAAAGCAAGACACCAGCAUACUGCUGAACCUGUAUGGUCUCCGACUAUGGCUGGGGGGCUAUUCGCCAUCGAUAAGGACUUCUUUGAAAAACUUGGAACAUAUGACAGCGGUUUUGACAUUUGGGGUGGUGAAAAUUUAGAGCUUUCAUUUAAAACUUGGAUGUGCGGCGGAACUCUCGAAAUAGUUCCAUGCUCUCACGUUGGUCAUAUAUUCAGAAAACGUUCGCCGUACAAAUGGCGAACAGGUGUUAACGUGCUAAAGAAAAAUUCUGUACGAUUGGCAGAGGUAUGGUUGGACGACUAUGCAAAAUAUUACUACCAACGUGUUGGUAACGAAAAAGGUGAUUACGGUGAUAUAAGUGGCCGGAAAAAAUUGAGAGAGGACUUAGGAUGCAAGUCUUUUGAGUGGUAUCUAAAGAAUAUUUAUCCUGAAUUGUUCAUCCCUGGCGAGUCCGUUGCUCAUGGCGAGAUUCGAAAUGUCGGCUUCCAAAAGAUAUGUUUGGACUCUCCAACCCGCAAGUCAGAUCAUCAUAAGCCAGUCGGACUUUACCCGUGUCAUCGGCAGGGAGGAAAUCAGUACUGGAUGUACUCCAAAAAUGGAGAAAUUCGACGAGAUGAGACAUGUUUAGACUAUUCUGGGCAUGACGUUGUCUUAUAUCCUUGCCAUGGGGCUAAAGGAAAUCAGCUUUGGCUCUAUGAUGCUCGAACAAAGUUAUUAAAACACGGUUCGAGUGAGAAGUGCAUGGCGAUAAAUCGAACUAAGGAGAAAAUAGUAAUGGAGACCUGCAACGAGAACGAGGGCAGGCAAAUGUGGAAUAUGGAGAACUUUAACGCCGACAGAUUAUCCCCAGAGCUAACUGCCGAGUAG